AUGUGGUGGUGUUACUGGGUUCUUACGUCAGAAAGUUUUCUACAACAUUCAUUUAUUGGUGCACAAUCACCUGGUGGAAGAAGUCGAUCAUUUAGUGUUGAUGCUAAUAGUUAUGCUAAAGAUGAUGGUCUUGGUCUUUUAUUAUUAAAACAAUUAAGUGAUGCUGAACGUGAUGGCGAUCCAAUUGAAGCUAAUUGUUUAGGUCGAUUUUUUAAUCGAUCAAAUCUUGAUCCACCAUUAUUAUUAGAUUUAAUUAAAAGUAAUUUAGGACAUACAGAAGGUGCAGCCGGUGUUAUAUCGCUUAUUAAAGUUGCUAUGUGUAUGUAUUAUCGUGGUAUUACAGCAAAUAUGCAAUUUACUUCACUUAAUUCAAAAAUAGAUGCACAAAAAUAUAAUCUACAUAUUCUUCAAAAUUUUAUACCAUUUCCAUCCGUUUGA